AUGUCUUCUGAUCCAGCACACGCCGCAGCGCCCAAAGGCCUCCUGCUCAAAGCCGACACCAUUGCGGCGCCGUUCCAAGCAGAGGUGCAGCACGCGCUCGCCGCGCGCCCCCGCGCGCCGAAGCUCGUCGGCAUCCUCGCGACGUCGUCCGCGCCGAGCCGUAGCUACGCCGAGUUCACGCGCAGGCAGUGCGCGGCGCUCGGGUUCGAGUUCGUGCUGCGCGAGGUCGGCGCGGCGUGUGCGCCCGCGGAAGAGGGCGGGGAGCGGGGCGGGGAGGGCGAGGGCGUCGAGGAUGCGAUCAUUGAGGCGAACGCGGACGAGAGCGUGGAUGGGAUCAUGGUGUAUUAUCCGAUUUUUGGCGCACAGCAGGACCAUUACCUGCAGCAGGUUGUCUCGCCCUUCAAGGAUGUUGAGGGUCUCAACUUCAAGUUCCACUAUAACUUAUAUCAUAACAUAAGAUACCUCGACCCGAACUCGCUCCUGUCGAGUGCACCGUUGACGAACGUGCCGUCCGCUAAAACCGAAGACGUACCGCCGGAGGGGACCGUCAAGUCCAUUCUCCCCUGCACGCCGCUCGGCAUCGUGAAAUGCCUCGAAAACAUCGGCGUGUACAACCGCAUCCUGCCAUAUGGUGACCGCGCAUAUGGGAAGACCGUCACAGUCAUCAACCGAUCGGAGGUCGUUGGAAGACCGCUCGCCGCGCUGCUCGCGAACGACGGCGCACGCGUCUUUUCUGUCGACAUCGACUCCAUCCAGGAAUACACGAAACGCCCGCCCUCGUCGACGCGGCGGUACCACCCGCACCACGUCGUGCACCCAAGCACGCUCACGCUCGAGGCGUGCCUCGCCCAGUCGGACGUCGUCGUCUCCGCCGUCCCGAGCGCAGCCUACAAGGUGCGCACCGCGUGGCUCAAGGACGGCUGCGUCUGCGUGAACGUCGCUGCAGACAAGAACUUCGAGGCGGACGUCCGCGAAAAGGCGUCGUUGUACGUCCCUGCGGUGGGCAAGGUUACGAUCUUGAUGCUGUUAAGAAACUUGUUGCGUCUGCAGGAAUACCAGGACCUCCUCGUGAAAUCGCCUUCAUAA